UCCCCUCAGCCGGAGCCUGGCGGAGGCGGCCCCGCCGCGGUAUUUCCCCGCUCAGUGCCCGCCGCUCGCUCGCGCGUUGCCGGCUGCAGCCCCUCGUCCUGCUCGCUCGCCCGCCUGCCCGCCCGGAGCCCUGAGGAUGGUGCUGCCUGACGAAGAGCGCGCCGCCGGGGUGUACCGGGCGCCCCCGGAACUGUUGCGGGAGGCGCAUGUGCCCUCCUUGGAAAAGUACAGGGAGCUUUACCGCCGCUCGGUGGAGGAGCCGCAGGAAUUUUGGGGUGAUAUUGCCAAAGAAUUUUACUGGAGAAGCCAGCACACUGGACCAUUUCUGCAGUACAACUUUGAUGUCACUAAAGGAAAAAUCUCCAUUGAAUGGAUGAAAGGGGCUACAACUAACAUUUGCUACAAUCUGUUGGACAGAAAUGUCUAUGAGAAUAAACUUGGGGACAAAAUAGCUUUUUACUGGGAAGGAAAUGAACCAGGGGAUAACAUGAAGAUCACAUACAGUGAAUUGCUGUGUAAAGUCUGCCAGUUUGCCAAUGUUCUUCAGGAGCAAGGUGUGAAAAAAGGAGACAGAGUUUCUAUCUACAUGCCAAUGAUUAUUGAACUGGUGAUAGCUAUGCUGGCCUGUGCCAGAAUUGGAGCUCUUCAUUCCAUUGUGUUCGCAGGUUUUUCAUCAGAAUCCCUUUGUGAGAGGAUCCUUGAUUCUCGCUGUUCUCUUCUCAUUACUGCAGAUGCCUUUUAUAGAGGUGAUAAGCUGAUUAACCUGAAGCAGAUAGCAGAUGAGGCCUUGCAGAACUGCCAACAAAAGGAUACUCCUCUGAGAAGGUGCAUUGUGGUCAAGCAUUUAGGGAGGGAUGAGCUGUUAUCAGAUGGGCCCAGCAGCAAAUCACCACCUCUGAAGAGACUCUGUCAAAGUGUACAGGAAAAAAAGGCUGAGAGCUCAAAGAAAGUCCAUCCCAAGAUUCCUUGGGAUUCAGAAGUUGAUGUUUGGUGGCAUGAUGUUAUGAAAAAUGCCAGCAAGGAGUGUGAGCCUGUGUGGUGUGAUGCAGAAGAUGAAUUGUUUAUUCUCUACACUUCUGGAUCAACAGGGAAACCAAAGGGUGUCGUACAUACUAUAGGUGGAUACAUGAUUUUCACUGCUGUUACAUUUAAAUAUGUAUUUGAUUACCAUCCUGAGGACAUUUACUGGUGCACAGCUGACAUUGGAUGGAUAACUGGCCAUUCCUACCUCACAUAUGGGCCUUUGGCAAAUGGGGCAACUAGUGUCUUAUUUGAAGGGCUUCCCAUUUACCCAGAUGUUGGUCGCAUGUGGAGUGUCAUUGAUAAGUACAAGGUGACCAAGUUCUACACAGCACCCACGGCCAUCCGCCUCCUUAUGAAGUAUGGAGAUGAACCUGUUAGGAAGUACAGCAGGAAGUCUUUGAAGGUGUUAGGAACAGUUGGGGAACCCAUAAACCCAGAAGCUUGGCUGUGGUACUACAGGGUUGUGGGAGAAGAGAGAUGCCCUAUAGUGGAUACCUUCUGGCAGACAGAGACGGGUGGCCAUGUGUUGACUCCUCUACCUGCUGCCAUACCAAUGAAGCCAGGAUCUGCAACAUUCCCUUUCUUUGGGGUGGUUCCUGCUGUGCUGGAUGAAGCUGGAGAAGAGCUGGAAGGAGAAGCAGAAGGCUACCUGGUUUUUAAGCAACCCUGGCCUGGAAUAAUGCGCACAGUGUACAAAAAUCACCAGCGGUUUGAGUCCACUUAUUUCAAGAAGUUUCCUGGUUACUAUGUGACUGGAGAUGGCUGCAAAAGAGAUAAAGAUGGUUAUUACUGGAUCACUGGUCGAAUUGAUGACAUGCUGAAUGUUUCAGGACACUUGCUGAGCACCGCAGAAGUUGAAUCAGCUCUGGUAGAACACUCUGCUGUUGCAGAGGCAGCCGUGGUAAGCCAUCCACAUCCAGUGAAGGGAGAGUGCCUCUACUGUUUUGUGACUCUAAGAGACGGUCACGAAUUCACAAAGAAUUUGAUGGAAGAACUGAAGAAGCAAGUUAGAGGAAAGAUUGGACCUAUUGCAACUCCAGAUUAUAUUCAGCAUGCUCCUGGCCUGCCUAAAACCCGUUCAGGUAAAAUUAUGCGGCGGGUAUUAAGGAAGAUUGCAAAAAAUGACCGGGAGCUGGGAGAUACCUCCACAGUGGCAGAUCCAGCAGUUAUAAACCACCUUUUCAAUAAUAGGUGUGAAACAAUACUGUAGCAGGGCCAUCCUACAGAAAACAGCAGUAGCACAGGAAACUUGGUGAGAAUAUGGGCAUCAUCCAGACAAUGACUGUAUUCUUCCAGGCAGAGAAGUUGCCCCAUGCUGAACAGAAUGUAAGAUGCUGUAAAUGAAGACAAGAAACUGGUGCUCCAAGACCCAGUCCUCAUUUUGUGUUGUAGAUCUCACUGUCUGUGACCCUGCAGAAUUGUGUGCAUUAUGUUGUAGACCAAUACUGCAUAUAUGAAAUUCCAGCCUCAUUCAUAUUGUACAGAACAAUUAUAUUUUAACUGUCAUAAACCUGUUUCAUAGAUUUUGUUUUUUUAAUUUUAACCUGUUGUAAUGGGCAGAGCUUUGACGGUGGAAAUAUUGAUAUGGAAAGAUGGCCUUGCUCCCAAGCUGUAGUUACAGGCCUUUAAAGGGGCUUGGAAGACUAGCAGACUGGUCAGGAGCCUUCAUGCUGAGGCAUACUUAUUGGAACAAAAUGUUAGCAAUCUGGCAUUCUCUUGAAAUAUAUUAAUAGAACUCUGGCUGCAUGUCAUAGGCUAUGGGAAGUUUUAGAGCAUUGUCAUGAAACCGUAAAACUGGAAAAAUAAUGUUAACUCUUCUUGAUUUUGGUCUGGAGUUGUCUGUUAGUGGCAGUAAUCUUACUCCCUAAAGGGGGCUUUGCUGUCUCGGUAUUUUGGGGGUUUGUGGUCUGGGUUUUUUUAUGUAUGUGAAUUUUCCCAGAGCAAUUGUUUUUUACUGGUGGCGGAUAUUACUGUGAGAGGCUAUAGUCAUGGAAUGCUGUGUUCAUACAAAGCUGUUCCAUACUUAGGAUGGGUCUCAGAUUUACUGUGGUAAUUGGCGCAGUGCCAGAACCAGUUGAAUCUGGAUGGUGAGAGUGCACUUCAUUUUUCCUUGAUAAAAAGUGGGAUAACUAUAACAUCCCACUUAGAUAUCUCUAUCUAAGGGACUUUAAAAGCAGCAUUAGUUCAGCCAGUUUUUUCUCCAUGUGAGGCCCACAGUCGCAUGGGAAAAUAUGUGAAUUGUGCCGUGAUGUGGAUAAUCACAGUGAUUCC